AUGCAAUGUAAAAUCAACGACUUGCCCGACGAAUUAUUGGAGUAUAUCUUAAGCUUGAUACCACCUUAUAAGGAUCUCCAAGAGUGCAGGCUUGUUUGUAAAAGAUGGCACCGCGCUACCAAAAAUGUAUUAGAACACAAUGAAGCACAUUUUCAAAAGUCUGUCGCUUUUGGAUCCUUACUGUGGAACUCGUUGCCCUCUCUGCACUGGAUAUCUACCAUUGGGAAGAGACAUUCGCAUUCCGCUUGUAUAUAUGAUAAUUCCAUGUAUGUUUUUGGUGGCUGUACAGCUACAUGGACAAUGUUUAAUGAUCUAUGGCGUUUGGAUUUGGGUACAAGGACAUGGGUGAGACCAAUCACUAUGGGCAAUUAUCCAUCGCCCAAAGCUUGUGCUACUAUGCUUUACUAUAAAAAAAGUCUAAUUUUAUUUGGAGGCUGGUCUUAUCCAUCACCAUAUCCAUUACAUCAGCAAUGGAAAUUAUUUAAUGAAUUGCAUGUGUACUCUAUAAAAUCAAAUAAGUGGACUGCUAUAAACACGUUAGAAACUCCACCGCCAACAUCUGCACAUUCUGCAACAAUACAUAAGAACUUGAUGGUUGUUUUUGGUGGAGUUUGUAAUGGAUAUAGCUCCAAUGAUGUGUGGUGCUUAAAUUUGGACUCAUAUACUUGGCACAAACAAAGUACAUCAAAUUUGAAGCCGCAGCCACGUUAUGGUCAGUCACAAAUUGAACUUGGAGACAAACAUUUACUUAUACUUGGAGGUUGCACAGGACCAAAUGCUGCUAUGAAUGAUGCUUGGUUGUUAACAAUGGAAGGUGUGUCUUGGACAUGGAGAAAAGUUAAUAUGCACAAUACAGAAUGGGCACCAACACGUAUUUGGUGUCAUCAAGCUUGUAAGGUGGGAAAUUAUAUUAUAGUACUUAGCAAAAAUAGACAUCACACCAAGCCAAAUGAUAUGAGUAUCUCAUUAAAAAAGGUUGCAUGUCAGAGGAGUACUUCACCACGUUUAUGCGAGUCAAAUCUUUUGCCGGAAAGGCAAGAAAAUGUACCUGUCGUAGAUAAAGAUGAAAAUAUAAAUGGUCGACAUGGAGCAUUCUCCAGGUCACAUUCGCAAAAAGCACACGUUUCAUCGCAUUCAUCCAGUGUCCAAAAAACGAUACCGUUUUAUAGUGAUAAUACUCUAAGCAUGGCUGCAUUUCGCGAUCAACCUCUGCAAAGUCACUCAAUCGUGAACAGACAACGUCAAUUGGAAUCGUUAAGAAGAAUGGAAGAAAAAAUUCGCAAUAAGAAGACACAGUUGAUGAGAGCAUCUAGAAAAACCGAGAACACAUUAUCGAUAUUUGUAUUAGAUAUUACUAAUGUUCUUUCGGACGACUGCAAGGCUUUGUGGAUUCCUUUAAAGCAAAACGAUCAUUCGGGCCCCGAUGAAAGAAUUCUGUAUUCUCUUGUAGUGGGAAAGGGAGAACUGAUAGUUUUUGGGGGUAUUCGUAAAGAACAUUCAACAUUAGGUCACACCGAUACGGACAAUUCUGUAGUAUAUAACGAUCUCCAUUUUAUAAAUCCACCUCGAUAUGUUAUUUAAUAUUGAAAAACAAUUAAUAAUGAUAUCACAUUGUUUUAUGUUAUUACCACAAUUUCAUUCAAAGAUGUCAUUUUCAUUCUAUAAGAUAUGUGCGCACGCGUAUCCACGCGUACACACACAAAAGAUUAAAUAGAAUAAUAUAUUAUCAAAUUAUAGAUAUAAUAAAUAUAUAUUAAAUGUAACAAAAGAGUGGUACGAAAUAUAUGUUGAUUAUAUUAAA